AUGGAAUUAAAAUCCACGCGAGCUGCUACUGCAGCAUCAAGAAAGGCGGCUGCACGCAUGCGUGCAGUCGGAAAGAGCACUUUUCACGCCUCGGCAGCAGGUAAUUCGUCUCCCGUUGUUGUGAACAGUCCACGUGGUGAGUCACCGCGUGAGACAGGCACAUCCGCUCCAUCUGCAGCGGGUACCUCGAAUCGUAAUCAAGACGAGUCUGAGAUAGAGCUCAUCUAUUCUGUCGAGUCGGAUGAUGCAUCCGACUCGAAGGCGACACCUCACGCCUCCAAAUCACCCGGAACGGACGCUGCAAGAUCCAGGCUGACUGGCUCUGGUCAGUGCGGCAGUAAUGUGACCGAGAUCUUUGGAUCGAGCAAUUGUUCCGAUGAGUUUCCGCCUCACACAAGUCCAUCUAACGAUAGGACGCGUGGUGAUGUGCUCAUGCUGGCACCAAUCAAGAGGCCAGGGACCGAAAUGUUCUGCGCCACGCUCCUCGAGUGGAGUCUCUUGGAUGCCGCCAUCCAGAGAGUUGGACCGGUGGACCGGCACGACCACCGAAUGGGAUCGAACCCCGUUGUUCGAUUGCAGGAAGAUUUGCCCACCUGA